CCCCACUGAGGGCUGCGUGUGGCGGCCAUGGCUGGGGGUGUGUGGGGCCGGGCCCGGGGAGCCCCUGUGGGAGCUCUAACCCUGACAGCCCUGGCUGAAGGGAUCCGGGCCAGCCAGGGAGAGCGCGCAGCAGCUCCUUCCAAGGACCCUGAGCCCGAACCUGAGCUGGAACCCGAGGCAGAGCCUGGAAGUGUACCCACCAACCCUCCAGCUGCCCAAGAGCCCUGCUCCCCACCCCAUGCACAGGACCCGGCCCCCGGGGGGCCCCAUCAGCCCCCCCAGAGUUCCUGGGAGGAGGGGGCCCUCUCCGACCUGGCGUUGUACACAGCUGCCUGCCUGGAAGAGGCUGGCGUUGCGGGGACACAGGCUACAGCACUCACCCUGUCCUCAGCCCUGGAAGCCCGCGGGGAACGGCUGGAGGACCAGGUGCACGCCCUGGUGCGUGGGCUGCUGGCGCAGGUGUCCGGCCUGGCUGAGGGGCGGCCCCGGCGGGCAGCCCUGCGAGUGCUGAGCUCGCUGGCCCUGGAGCACUCCCAGGACGUGGUGUGGGCACUGCUGCCCUGCUCGCUGCCCCUGGACCGGGCGGCGGCUGAGCUGUGGCGCAGCUUGAGCCGGAACCAGCGCGUGAACGGGCAGGUGCUGGUGCAGCUGCUGUGGGCACUGAAGGGCGCAGCUGGACCCAAGCAGGAGGCCCUGGCAGCCACUCGCGCCCUUGGGGAGAUGCUGUCUGUGUCUGGCUGUGUGGGCGCGACUCGGGGCUUCUAUCCACACCUCCUCCUGGCACUGGUCACACAGUUGCAUGAGCUGGCCCAGGGCCCACACUCCCCUGACACCCCCAAGGCUUGGGCCCCGUCCCACCAUGGGCCACCACUCAGCCACACCAGCUGCACAGUUGAGGCCCUGAAGGCCCUGCUCACCGGGGACGGCAGCCGCAUGGUGGUCACGUGCAUGGAGCAGGCUGGAGGCUGGAGGAGGCUAGUGGGAGCCCACACCCACCUGGAGGGUGUCUUGCUGCUGGCCAGUGCCAUGGUGGCCCAUGCGGACCAUCACCUGCGGGGCCUGUUCGCCGACUUGCUGCCCCAGCUGCGCAGCGCAGACGAUGCUCAGCGCCUCACGGCCAUGGCCUUCUUCACCGGGCUGUUGCAGAGCUGGCCCACCACGAGGCUUCUUCGGGAGGAGGUGAUCCUGGAGCGGCUCCGUGCUUGGCAGGGUGACCCUGAGCCCACAGUGCGUUGGUUGGGCCUGCUUGGCCUCGGCCACCUCGCGCUGAACCGUGGGAAGGUACGACACGUGACUGUGCUGCUGCCCGCGCUCCUGGGUGCGUUGGGUGAGGGCGAUGCGCGACUCGUGGGCGCAGCGCUGGGUGCGCUAAGGAGGAUACUGCUGCAGCCGAGGGCUCCGGUGCGAUGCCUGAGCACAGAGCUGGGGCUGCGUCUCCCACCACUGCUGGAUGAUGCCCGAGACUCAGUCCGCGCUUCGGCUGCUGGGCUUCUCGGGACACUGGUACGGCGUGGUCAGGGCGGGCUCCGGGUGGGGCUCCGAGGUCCCCUACGGAAGCUGGUGCUGAAGAGUCUGGUGCCGCUGCUGCUGCGCCUGCAUGACCCCAGCCUGGAUGCUGCUGAGAGCUCAGAAUGGACCCUGGCCCGCUGUGACCGAGCCCUGCGCUGGGGACUGCUGGAGGAGGUGGUCACUGUGGCCCACUACGACAGCCCUGAGGCUCUAAGCCACAUCUGCCACCGUCUGGUUCAGUGGUACCCGAGCCAUGUGCCCAGCUUCCUGAGCCAGACCCAGGGCUACCUGAGGAGCCCAGAGGACCCUCUGCGCCGGGGAGCAGCCAUGCUAAUAGGCUUGCUUGUCCAUCACAGCAGCCCCAGACACAUCAGCUCGGAUCUGCUGGACUCCCUGUUCCAGGGCCUGGGGCAACUGCAAAGCGACCGAGAGCUGGCUGUGGUCGCCGUUGCACAGGUAUCUUCCCAGCAGGUGGCGCUGCUGGCCCGCGCACAGGGCUGUGGGCGGGGCCUGCACUUCCCGGGUUUCCGUCCGAGCCCCACCCACCCCUCCCGGCCCCCACCAGUCUACCCGGAUAGCCCCUUCCAGCGCCGGAGCGUCGCAGGGCGGUGGGGCUGCCUUGGCCCUGGCUGAGCCUGAACCCUGGCUGUCCUCUGGGUGGGGUCCCAGCCCAGUGAGGGUUCAGGAUCUGCAUCUGGUGCCCGACCGCUCUGUGGCCAGCCUUGGGCCCAGGGCCAGGCCUCCUCAGCAGGAGCUCCCUGCUGCUGUGGCCAUGUUCCCCAGAAGGCCAUCAGCGCUUCUGUCCGAGCACCAUUUCACCCUCAGCCCCCGCACCUGCGGGCCCACCCAUCCCUCCUCAGGCCUGCGGCUCUCCCAGCCCCCUGACCCCAACCUUUCAAGGAGGGGUCCGGUGGAGGACACUGUGAAGCCCUGUGAGCUCCUGGGGUUUCCUGGGCCCCGCCCCAGCUGGCCACCCACCAGCCCUGUCAUGUGCCCCACUCCUUGUCAGCCCUUGUCCUGGCCUGACCUCUUGUCCACACCUGUUGUCCCUCAUCCUGGCACCGUCUCCCACACGCUUCCCUACUCCCAGUCGUCAGACCAGACCCCACCUGAACCUCCUGCAGAGGGCACCCCGACCUCUCCACUGGACACCACAGGCCUGGGGUUCUACCUGUGGGUUCAGGUGUGGGGUACCAGCAUCUACGCCCCCACCAGACUGAGCCUGCACACUGGCACCGCAGCACCCUGUGAGGGGUUGAAUGAGGAAAGCAUGACAGUUCAUUCAGGGGAGGAGCCCCCCCCCCCAGACCUCCCAAGCUGUGACCAAGAGCACAGGGCUGUGGGCGGGUUCCUCCGACUGCUUUUCAAGCCCCUCCCUGCAAGCUGCUGUCUCGGAGAGGCCUCUACUGACACAGCCUCUUUGCCUCCAGGCUGGGGGCCUCCGGGGGAAGGCCAGGGUCCUGCCAGCUGCUAGGAAAAGCGUCUGAAGUAAACUCACAUGGAUCACGGAGCCCGGCAUUUGACUGGGGGGUGGGUCUGGGCUGAGGGUGUGGUCCAGAUGCUCUGGGCCUGGUCCAAGAUGGGGCUUGGGCUGGGGUUACAGAAGAGGCAGCGUGUGGGCGUUUGGGGCACCAGCAUCGGAGCUCCCUGGGAAGGGGUUGGGAUCUCGUGCAGGGCGUCCCAGGGCUUGGUGUAUGUAGGAGCAGGGCCAAGGUUUGAAGUGUGAGUUCAGGUCCCACAAAGCCCAUUCCAGGCAAGAUUAAACUACAGGAAGUAUGCCUGUGGGGAGGGACCCACCAGGAGGCCCCCAGGGCCCCGUGAAGGAGUGGGAGGCAGCGGGUGUGUCCCGGAUGCCUGUCUUGGCCUUAGGGGUUCUCCAGCCAGCCUGUCACCUGUCGGGGGCCUCAUGGGACUGGGUUUUUGUCCUGCAGUGGGACUCUGCAAGGAGCCCCCCGACACAGGCUGGGCCUAGGGCUGGCUCAGCAGGAGCCUUGCGGACCCCCCACUGGAAGUCUCUCCUUGCAGGCCAAGAGCCAGAGCCAGAGCCAGGGUGAGCAUUCACAUCCACUCCUGCCAGACACAUGCUCCUCUGCUCUGCACAGCACGAUGCACAGGCCAGUGGCCAACCCCACGGUGGUGCCCCGAUGAAAGGAGGGCCCACCUCAGGUGGGGGGCCUGGCUGCUUCUGCAGGGAGCCCGCAUCCUGCCCUGUUCCAGGCUACUUCUUGCACAGCACAGCCAGCCCGCCUGCUCACAGUCUUGCCCCCCCCACUUUGGCCCCGCCCAGUACCUGGCAGCUCGCUGGAUGCUACCUACCAGGAGGAGGUUCCUGAAGGCCGGAGGAUUGCUGGGCCCUGGGAGUGGGACCCUUCUGGGGGACUUCUCUGCUGGGGUCCCCAGGUGGCUCAAUGGCCUGCUUCAGCAGGGACGCCCCUAUAGCUGUGACAGGGCUACAGCCCCUCCCCAGGCCGGCGCCUUCGGUCUGGGAGUGUCCAGGCCGACCAGGCCCGUCGGCCCCACUGGCAGUAGCCCAACCGGCAGGCCGGACGUGGGUCUGAGCAAGCCGCUCUCCAGGGACAACCCUCCUGCCUCGAUGUCGGUGAUGAAAUGACCCCAGAGGCCUGGGUCCCCCGGCCACAGGUGGGUCUAGGACCUGAGUGCCAAAAACCAGACUGUCCUAACGGGGCUUGUGUGCAGCGGGCUAGCACCUCUUUCCCCUCGCCCUUGAGGCAGCUUUUCUGGGGCCCAGAAGCUGGACUCCUAUACCCACUUCUUUUUUUUAAAAUCGUAUUUGUUUAUUUUUAGAGAGAGGGGAAAGGAAGGAGAAAGAGAGAGAAACAUCAGUGUGGUUGCCUCUCAUGUGGUCCCCACUGAGAACCUGGCCUGCAACCCAGGCAUGUGCCCGGACUGGGAAUUGAACCAGCGACCCUUUGGUUUGCAAGCAGGUGCUCGAUCUGCUGAGCCACACCAGCUAGAACCAGUUUUAAUGUCACUAUUGGGCUCAGGUCCUGGGUUUGUGUGGGGGUUGGUGUCCUGGCUAAGCCCACUGUCCCUCCUCUCCAGUGAGUCCGGAAGCUGUAUGUCUGGUUGGCCGCGUGACAGGGGAGCGGCCUCCUCCUCCCACCCGGGGAGAAAGGCAGACUCUGCCCCCUCCGAGGAGAGGCAAACUCCUGGCUGUUCAGGCCAGAGGAGAGGAAAAUCCUUGCUGACCAGUUGCCGUCACCCCUAGGCAGGGUGUGCCCCCGCAGCACGGGGUCCCCACGGCCCUCUGCGUCCUGCAACCUGAGCAGGUGCACCUGGCGGGGCACGGGCCGCCAGCCAGCCACACACGCCCCAGCCCCCUCGACAGCCCCCGUGGGCCCAGGACUGGCCCCUGCCCACAGCAGCGUGUCCUCGAGGUCCCUGAGGCAGUGGGAGACAUGUCCCGUUGGAACUACCCCACCCCCCACCC